AGCGCGUUCGCAGCCGGGAUCCGUGGGCGGUCUGUCCGGGCAGGUGUGAGGCCCAGCUCCCGGACCGACUUCCUCCUCGGCCUCCUGGUGUAGCAGGUUCUCUUCCAGGGAGAGGCGGCGGCCUGGGAUCGCACAGCUUUGGAAUGCGCCCCAGGGCAGAAGGGCCGGAGCCGCUCCUUCCUUCCUUGACUCUCCUCAAGGGGUCGGGCCACUCGGACCGUGCUCCCUUGAGGCCGGUAGCUCCUGGGAUUUGGAGUUACGGGAGUGUGAGCCCGCGCGGGAACGAGGUUGACCAGUCCAGAACUCAAUGGAGGCCUUAGACCUGGUUCUCCCUGGAGGUUCCUGGUAACAGCCCCUCCCUUCUGAGUGCCAGUAUCCAUGGCAACAGUAGAGAAUCCUCUCUCCCCAGGCCUGCUAGGAGCCCAGGCCUCAGCUCCUGAGAAACAUCAAGAAUGGCCCCGGAGUCUGGCCAGCAAUCUGAAGAAAAGCAGGAGCCACGAACCCCAGCAGAUGGAGAGCCAGUCAGCGGUGAUUUGGGGCUUCCAACUGACACACCUACAGACACAGUGGUUCCCCCAGGCCCCCAGAACACCAAGACCCACUCCACACGGUUGGCCUCUGUCCACCUGCAGUUAGCCCCCGAAGCACUGGACCCCCGCACCUUGCGGCUGCUGUGGGGGCAGCGAGAACUAGAGAUCCAAGCGCUUCGGUGGGCCAUCCGACAUGGGCCACAUGCCCGGCACUGUCACAUCCUGCAGGAGGUGUCAGGACUUCCAUCUGAGAGGAGCUUCCACAGUCCAGACAAGUUUCUACAGGAACAGGUGGAGAAGCUGACCCAGGAGCUGAAAGCACAGAAGGAACAGGCCCAGCUGGAGAAGGAGCACUUAGAGGAGCAGCUGAUGCAGACUGUCAGCAUGCUGCAGCAACUACAAGCCCAGCUGCAGGCCUUCCAGAAGUCCUGCCUCCUGCAGUUGGCCUGCUCCUCCUGGGUGGGUCGUGUACUCCCGUCCCAAACUGGCAGUGUGGAGGUGGUUACUGCAGAGACUUUAAGGGAUUCCAGUGACUUCUCUGAGAAUGAGGCUCCCACUGCUGGAGAGGGUUUCCGGUUGGAGGAUAUGGACUGGAACAGCAUCGCCCUCCGGUACCCCAAUCUCUUCAGUGAUUCCAGCACAAAGCAGAAGCAGCCCCAGCAGUCCCCGUCACUGGAAAAAGGGGGCUCGGAUUCCUCUGAGCACAUGGAGAAACAUCCCAAGACCCCGGAGUGGAGCUCCCUGCCCUGCAUGGCCACCAGCAGCUCCGGAGGUGCUGGCUCUGACUCUAGCAGCUGCCAGCCGGUCGUGCGUUCUGGAGUGCAGAAGGCAUCAGGGUACCCGCCCCAGACAGAAGAUUUGGCAUCUUCAGAGCAGAUCCCCACAAUGGCUUGGAGCUUUGGCGGAGAUUCGGAAGAUCUCCUGAAAACCCACUCACAACCGCUCAGCAAGACUCCCGAGGAUCCCUGCACAGCCCCUGACCACCGGCGUGUCAGUCACCAGCUGAGCCCCACUGGCUGCUGCCUGAAGAUCGUGGCAGUCAGCCGACGAGAGAAGUUCGUCCGCAUCCUUAAUGAGUCGCUGGAACAGACAGUCGACCUGGACGGCUUCUUGCUGCAGCAGCUCGAGCGCGGCUUCCCGGUGUGCCUGUACCGCUUCCCGCCCGGCACACUGCUGGCGCCGCAGCACCACAUCACGGUGUGGGGCCAGGGGACCAGCAGCACCAAGAAGCAGGCGCCCUUGUCCUUGGGCCAGGACGCUGGCCUGUUCCACCCCAGCCUGGGCUGCUUGACGCUCCUCCUGAAUCCCGAGGGCCAGGUCCUGGGUGAGCACCAGACUCCACACCGUGUGACUUCAGGCUCAAGGAUCUUCACUGACAACACUGACUGGUCCAUUGACCGCUUCCCACUCUCGAAGGCCCGGCCUUGCACCGACACAAGCGGACCCCGGAGCCGGCCCCGACCCCCGGGGAAAAGCCGGGUGCGGGACACCGGCACCCGGCGGCGGCGGAGGCCUGGGCUGUGGCCUCACACCCCCUUGCCUCCCAGGAUGCGGGAUAUCUUGCCACUCCUAAGCACCUGUCGGCCUUUCCACCUGCCGGAGGACAACCAGUCUAAGACUCUGGAGCUCCUGCCUCCCAUCAUCCCUGAGGCUGGGCUGUGUACCCAGGACUGCCCCACCAGGAAGGAGUGCAAGGUCCGGCUUUCAGGCCCUGAUGCUCCCCAGGUGUGCCGGAAAAAUGUGGACCGAAGCUGCCCCAUGGUGACCCUCUCAGUGCAGAGCACAGCUGAGAGUAGAUAUGGCUUCCGUUUCCUCAGCUGUCCCCCCAUCACUGUGGACACAUGCCAACGGGUGUAAGGCGGCAGGGCCAGGCAGCAGUGCCAGCUGCAUAAUUUAUUGAACCAAUGUUGCCUACAAAGUAAACUGCAUUUCUGUAAACCUGAAA